AGGAGCUGACUGAGCAUUAAAUGCGAGAAAAGAAAGGCAGUUUCUACGAAUUUACAGUUGUCAAAAACAAAAAAGUUUGCUAACAAAUGAUAAGAUCGAGUGACAUGAUUACGUCAUGGAUUCUUGACAAUAAUGAAGAAUGUGCAUUGCAAUUUUUAUUGAGAGUGCAUUUUUAAAUUCUCAUUGUCACAUUGUUAUCGAUUAGAAAUGUGAAUUAUUCUAUUUUAAAAUCUGUGUAAAGUGAUGACGAGAGUUACUUGCGCUAAUGGAAUAUUAAAAUAUUAAAUUUCUACUCUUCUAUUUUUUAUAAUAUUGAUAUUCAUCAAUAAUAAAAAAGAACAUCAAUCAUAAUCAAAAACAACAAAAUAAGCAAUGGCUGCAAAAUUAAAGUCAAUUUUCAAAAAACAAAUAAGUGUAGAAAAAAGUUUGUCGAAGAAUCAAAAUCCAGAAGCAAAGAAUAAUCCAAAAGUAUCAUUUCUCAGUGGUGAUUUAAUUAUUCCUCAAAAUUCAACAUCUUCGGAAUCAUCUAUUAUUUUGCGUAAAAAGCAUGGAAGAAGACAAAAAAGAACAUCACUAGGAGCAAUAGAAGAAAUUUUACGAUGUGCAAUAUGCAAUGAACGUUUCAAAAUGCCGAAAAUGCUACCAUGUCAGCAUACCUUUUGCCUCGAGUGCUUACAACAACAAUUAACAGAAAAAACAGCUUUAAAAUGUUCAACAUGUUUUCUAACGAUAAAAGAAUGUUCACCGGAAAGUCUGCCAUCAAAUUUAUAUAUUGAAAACAUGUUGCAAAUAAUUGGCAACAGUGAGGAAUCAUCCGAAAGAAUAGUACCAAGAAGUAUUGUUGUUAAUUUAUCAACAGAAGAAAUCAAAUGUUUUAAGUGCAGAAUUAUUUGUAUCAAUGAAGAGCAAUGCAAACACUGUAGACAGACAUUCUGCAAAGCAUGCUUUCUUCAACACGUAAAUGAUUUAAAAGACGAAUUAGAUGUUAUUGUCGAGCAAUUAGAAAACACAAACAGCAAAAUAGAUUCCAAAGUUAAUGAACUUAGGACAAAAGCAAAUAUUGUAAAGGAAAAGUUCAACAGAGAAAUCGAAACAAAAAUUUUAGAAUUACAAAAACUACAUAAAGAACGAAUUCAAAAGGUAAACGACAUUUUUGCUAAAGGAGAAAAAUCGGCUGAAGAAAUGAAGCAGAAAAUUUGCAACGCCCAAGUUGAAGUUAUCGAGAGAAAGUCUGAAGUCAACGAUUCUUUAUCGGACAAUCAAGAAAAAGUAAAAUUAUUUCUAGAACUUCACAGAAAAAUGAUAGAACUAAUGUCGACCGUACCACUUUGGGAGGCAAAUUUAACAUCAAUGGAUAUUAUUUCAACUUCAAAACAUCACCGAUCAGAAAUUUCGAAACAAAAUCCUAAUUUACAUUACAAAAACAAAUCAUUCAUACCUCAAUUAGUUUACGAACACAAAACAAUGCAACGACCAUCGGGACUUGCUUUCGAUUCCAUCAGAAAUGAUCUAUUUAUUGCUUGUCCAGGAAUUAAGCCAAAGAUUAUUAUUUUAGACAAAAAAUUCAAAUUUGUCAAAAAUUUUUAUCACACCGAUAUGAUAGCACCUCAAAGGGUCGCCUAUCACGAAGAAACAGAGCAAAUUUUCGUCACAGACAAAUGGAGACACUGUAUUUUUGUUUUUCACCGACAAAACGAUUAUUUAAGAAAACUAUGCAGUAAGGGCAGGGAAAAGGGACAAUUACAAAGUCCCGAAGGAAUUUCAAUUCAUCCAACUGAAAAAUUGCUCUACAUUGCUGACACCGGAAAUGAUAGAAUUAUAAUUCUCAAUUUCGAGGGUUCAUAUCAAGGAAGUAUUGGUUCGGCGAAAAAUUCUUCAGCCGCUAUUAACACGUCAGGAAAAACAAUUAGCAUUUCUGUGAAUCAUUUAAAUCAACCGGCAGACGUUGCCGUUUCCGUUGCGAAAAUAGUCGUAGCUGACAGCGGAAAUCACAAAAUCAAGAUUUUCAAUCACAAAGGUCAACUUGUCCACUACAUUGGAGGAUCAGGUAUUCUCAGGGGUCUCUUCAGGACACCGGAAGUAGUACAACUUGACAAUAGAAGCAACAUUUUAGUAGGAGAUUCAGGGAAUUCGCGAAUUCAAAUUUUCUCCCGUCAAGGUGAACUAUUGAAAAUGUUUGGAGCAAAAGGAUCAAAAUCCGGGCAAUUCGGCUGGAUAUCUGGUUUAGUCAUAAAACCAAAUUUAGAAAUCAUAAUAGCCGACAACAAAAAUAACAAUCUUCAAUUAUUCUAACAAAGGAAAAACAAAAUUACAAUCGUACACCGAAAAAAAAAUGUUAUUUAAAUUAAAAACUAACUAGGUGCGUUGUUGAAGCUUUAUAUUUUUGUUUAAAACCAACAUAAAAUUUUGAAAAAUAAACGAAUAACUAUCACACAGUUAACACAGUUAGCAGACUCUGAAUCAAACAUUUUUUCCCUAAAUAUAAAAUCCAAAAUUGUACUUAUAAACUUCUUACAAACAAAAAAAGAAAAAAAAUAAAAGAAACGAAAGAAAAUCACCAUUAAAAAAAAGGAACAAUAAAUGCAUUCUUUAACUAAAGACAAUGUCUCUAAAAAAUUCAAACCUACCCGCAAUGAAAAAAAAGAGAAUAUUUAUUUUUCCCAACCACAAAUCGAGCCGAAUAUCAAACAGAUUUUCGGUAAACCAUGUCCUACCACUCGUGUAAACUCGUGAGCAUAUUUGACCAAUAAAUAAUUUAGCAAACAAAUUGAUCCCUGAGGACUAUAAACAGAUACUUAAAGGCACGCGCGCGGGACGUAUUGUCCGACGGUAGAAAAAUAGUCCACGGGGCUAAUAAUGAUUUUCAUGAUGCGAUUCACGAAAUCAGGGCAAUAUUAAAUCGCCAAAGAUAAAGACCCCUACUGUGAGAACCUAAAGGGGGCCCCCGGCGUGAAAUCUCUAUUAUAA